UGGACACUAGUUCAUCCAGUUUUCAAGAGAGAAGAGAUGGGCCCAUCAGUGAAGGUACAGCACCUCCUGCCCCUUGCUGCUGUCGUCCUCCUGUACAUUGUUCCCACUGAACCUGAAGUGGUGGCAUCAAUAGAAAAAUGCCUGGACUUUUUUCUUCACCAAACUCCACCAAACAUCCCAGGAAUUCUGGAGAAAAGGGAAAUCCAGGACCAGAACAGAUACAAACCAAUUUGCCAGACUUUGAAUGACAAAAGAACAUUUAUGACGCUCUACGACACCUUGAACAAGAUUCCACUUUUUUCUGCUGCCAAGUACAGACGAGAUGGAGGAAAGAGACCUAUGACCGAUUGGAAGAUUGAACCACAGCUUGAACAAUCAGGACACAAUGGCAAUAUGAAAAGCCAAAAAAAGCCUAAAAGGGCAAACAAGGAGAAAAACAAGAACGAGAACAUCAUCUGCAACAACCAGGCUUGCGACCAAGACUACAGAAACAACCAAAGUUUUGACAGAGGACAUUUAUUUCCAAGCUCUUAUGGAUCUGAUCAGAUUGAAAAAAUGUCGACUUUUACUCUGACUAACAUUGUUCCACAACAACACAAAUUCAACACAGGAAGAUGGAACAGAAUGGAAAGCUGUGUCAAAUGUGUUCUGAAUAAAUUCUGUAUUAAUAACAAUGAGGAAAUAGAAGGCUUUGUAGUAAUAGGAGCACUGCCCAGCAACAGUAGUCUCAACAACAGGAUCAAUAUUCCUUCAAUGCUCUGGUCAGCCUUCUGCUGCUUCAGUAGCAGUCAGAAGAAGUGGCUGGCAAGUGCACACUGGGGGGAGAAUGUGGCAGAAGGCCCUGAAUACCUGCAGACACAGAAAUUAACAGAACUCCGCAGAACCCUGGGAACUGAAGCUUUUCCUGGAACACGAUGUCCUCUUGACACAACUGUCACUCACUUUUAUUCAGAUCUUAACCUUACCUGCAACUGCCCAUCAACCAUGUUGAGUACAUCUGCCCCUCCUACUGCCACAGGUAUCUCUUCAGUUUCUUUUUCUACUACAACAUCUAAUUCACCACGCCCUAGCAGUACCACAUCCUUUUAUUCUACUGCAACAUUUGUUCCUAUCACCACUGAUAAGUCUACAUCUAGCUCUAUUCCUAUGGUAUCUGUCUCUUCUUCUGCCACAAUUUCAUCAUUUAGUACUACAUCUGGGCCUUUCAUUACCACAUCUGUCCCUUCCACCUCAUCUGGCCUUUUCACAUCUACAUCUGCUCCUCUUACUACAACAUCUGUCCCACUUUCUACCACAUCUGGCCCCUUAACUACCACUUCUGGCCUUUUCACAUCUACUUCUGCUCCUCUUACUACAACAUCUGCCCCACCUUCUACCACAUCUGCCCCCUUAACUACCACUUCUGGCCUUUUCACAUCUACUUCUGCUCCUCUUACUACAACAUCUGUCCCACUUUCUACCACAUCUGGCCCCUUAACUACCACUUCUGGCCUUUUCACAUCUACUUCUGCUCCUCUUACUACAACAUCUGCCCCACCUUCUACCACAUCUGGCCCCUUCACUGCCACAUCUAGAAUUUUCACAUCUACGUCUCUUCCUCUUACUACAACAUCUGGUCCACCUUCUACCACAUCUGGCCCCUUCACUGCCACAUCUAGAAUUUUCACAUCUACGUCUCUUCCUCUUACUACAACAUCUGGUCCACCUUCAACCACAACUGGCCCCUUCACUGCCACAUCUGGCCAUUUCACAGCUACAUUUUUUCCUCUUACUACAACAUCUGGUCCACCUUCUACCAUUUCUGCCACUUCCACCUCUGUCACUGGCCACCCUAGUACUAAAUCCAGACCUACACUUAAAGACACAUUAACAACUGCUUUACGGCUAACUACUACUCUCCUUACUACCACUCCACUUCCAACUAUCAAAUCCCAGACUUCUACUAUUCCAACAACACUUCCCCCAAGUGCCAAAACUAUUGCUGCUACAACAAAACCUUCCACUACAACCACAACUAAAAAGAAGCAAGACUAUGAAAGCAAAAAAGAAAAAACUAAUAGACAAAAUGAGGGAAGUCCAGUUCCCAAUUCAGUUAAUGCGUUUGAACAAGCUGUUUUAGGAAAAACACUGAUUACAACUGGAAUUGGGGUAUUAGCUGCAGUUGGAAGUGCUUUGGGAAUAGUCGGAGCUGGAAGUGCAUUGGGAGUAGGUGGAGCUGGAAGUGUAUUACCAGUGGGUGGAACUGGAUUUGCAUCAGAAGGUGGGAGAGCUGGAAGUGUAAGAGUUGUAGGUGAAGCUGGAAGUGCAUCAGCAGUACAGGGUGCUGGAAGUGCUUUAGGAGUAGGUGGAACUGGAUUUGCAUCAGAAGUAGGUGAAGCUGGAAGUGCAUCAGCAGUAGGUGAAGCUGGAAGUGCAUCAGCAGUAGGUGGAACUGGAUUUGCAUCAGAAGUAGGGAGAGCUGGAAGUGUGAGGACAGUAGGUGAAGCUGGAAGUGCAUCAGCAGUACAGGGUGCUGGAAGUGCUUUAGGAGUAGGUGGGACUGGAUUUGCAUUAGGAGUAGGCGGAGCUGGAAGUGUGGUAGCACUAGGCGGAGUUGGAAGUGCAUCAUUAGAAAGUGGAUAUGGAAGUGCAUCAUUAGGAAGUGAAGAGGGCAAUGAAUUACCAGAAAGUGGAGAUGGAAGUGGAUCAUUAGGAAGUGAAGAUGGAAGUGACUUACUAGGAAGUGGAGAUGGAAGUGGAUCAUUAGGAAGUGAAUAUGGAAGUGACUUACUAGGAAGUGGAGAUGGAAGUGGAUCAUUAGGAAGUGAAUAUGGAAGUGACUUACUAGGAAGUGGAGAUGGAAGUGGAUCAUUAGGAAGUGAAUAUGGAAGUGAAUUACUAGGAAGUGGAGAUGGAAGUGGAUCAUUAGAAAGUGAAUAUGGAAGUGACUUACUAGGAAGUGGAGAUGGAAGUGGAUCAUUAGGAAGUGAAUAUGGAAGUGACUUACUAGGAAGUGAAGAUUUUUCCCUCAGCAUGGAUCACCUGGACAGUCGCGCCAGUGAAGCUUAA